AUGCUACCAAUGACGUCCAAGAAAUAUAUUGCGCCACAGAUUUUUGAACGAACGUUCGUUACAGAAACUGUGGAAAAUGCCCUCAAGCAAGAAAUGGAUGAUCAAAAAGUUCACUACAAGCCGGAAAGCCUCGAUAUUCUCGUGAACGAGACGCAUUUUUCAAGAUAUGAGUUGAAAUACUUGUACCAAUCUUUUAAGCAGGAAUUUGCCGUACAAUUGUCAUUAUUCUCCAAAGGAACAUUAGAGCAGCGUCUGGAUUGGUUAUUCGAUCUCUACGAUUGUAAUGGGAGAGGAUAUAUAACAGAAGAAGAUCAUCUCAUAGUUUGCAGAGCAAUGUAUGCACUUGUCGGAAUUCAUUAUUAUAAAGAAAAACACUUUCCUGUUGCCCUCAAACGUCAUAUCAAACACCAAUUUUCAAAACUGGACAAAAAUCGAGAUGGAAAAAUUACACGUGAAGAAUUCAUUAAAGCAUGUCAUGACGAUAACAAAAUUGUUUCAUCAAUGGAUGCUUUGAAAACUGUCUGGUAG